AUGGCCACCAAUGGCAACAAAGGCAAGACGCUUUUAUCCCUCCUGUGUGGCGAUGAGUGGGCCUGGGAUCAGGGUCGGGUGUACAGUCUGAAGUUCCAUGAGAAUGGUACCGGCGAGAUUACGGCCUGUCAGGAGAUGGUCAUCUUCAUUGCUGCAGAAUUCGACUGGAAGCCGUCGGGUACCACGCCUUCCUUGGCACAGCCCUUUGAACCCGACCACGACAACGGAACCGAGUUCGAUGUUCAGAUAACGUUGACGAAACGUCGGAUGGCCAAAAUACCCGAUCGGUAUAAAAUUAACGAGGAAAACCUGGAAGAGAGUGCUUUUCAGCCAAAGAAAUACAGGCUGCGGUUGGAGCAGGGUAUGUUCAUGCCAAAGGAACCGCCCGCGUGGCACCGGCUUCGUCUGGCGUUUAACCCGUCCCCAUACCCCACCUUGGACCACUGGAAAUGUAAGCAGGCCGCUGAGGCCAUUCGAUUCUGGGAAAUGGACACGUUCCAUAGCCAAAAGGUGCCUUCGAGAGAUGAGAGCGACGGCGCCACGGCGACGAAGGGAAGUGGAGAUGGUCCCAGCCCCUGCAAAUUCAUGUAA